ACUAAACAGAAAGGAGAGCCUGCUCAGUCUCCUCAGACUUAAGCAAGCAAGUCUGUAGACAUGUCUGCGGAAAAGAUAACAAAAGUAGAAGAGAACUUUCAAAGGGCCCUAGAAUUUAAGAAGAUGGUCAACAGGUGGCAAACUUCACAUAUUCACUGUGCAUGGCAGAUGACAUUGAGCCAGAGGAGAAACCCAUACACCAUCCUAAGGAUGCAGGAUGCCAUGGUAAAGGAAUUGGCACUGGCCAACAAACAACUACUGAUGGUCCGUCAAGCUGCCCUGCACCAGCUGUUUGAAAAGGAGCAUCAGCAGUACCAGCAAGAACUAAAUCAGAUGGGCAAAGCUUUUUAUGUGGAGAGACUCUGACAGCCUCCGAAACACUGCUCUUCCCUUCUUGCCAUACCUGCUAACGUAGCCUUCUUGAGCCUCUACUACCUUGAACUUCCUUCCCCAAACAGACUGAGCCUGGGACAAUUUCCCCAUCUUCAUCAACUUCCCUGUCAAUUCCCUGCUUCCAUCUGGGAAACAAUCUAUUUUUUAAAAAAAUGAUGAAGGGGGCUGGGGUUGUGGCUCAGCGUCAGAGUGCUCACCUGGCGCAUGCAAAGCCCUGGGUUCCAUCCUCAGCACCACAUAACAAUAAAUAAAUAAAGAUGUUGUGUCCAUCUACAACUAAAAAAAAUUCUUAAAAAUGGUGAAAACGAGUGACGCCUUGUGGUCGGAGUGGGAUCUGCAGCGUUGAUGUAAGGUGGUGGGGGGUAUAUAAUGGGAGUUGAAAUUCUGAUUUGAUUUAACAAAUAAAGCUACCUCUUAAAGGUUCACACUUUUUUGAACAGGGCUCAUUCUCUCAGCCUCAAAUAUUAUUUUUUUUUCUAUUUCUGUGGUACUGGAAAUUGAACCCAGGGGCACUUUACUACUGAGCUACAGCCCUCUUUUAUUUCUUACUUUGAGACAGGGUCUCAAAGUUGCUUAGGGCCCCACUAAGUUGCUGAGGGUGGCUUUGAAUUUGUGAUUCUCUUGACUGAGCCUCCAGAGCCACUGGUAUUACAGGUGUGUGCCACUGCACCCAGCUU